CCAGUGCGCUGCGCCAGCAUGAUCGUCAGCCCCGCCGCGCUAGUCACCUCUGUCGCUCUGCUCCUCUCAUCUCGCGUUGCUGCCGACGACAAGAUCGAGCUAGGCUUGUGCUAUCCAUCGGCCGACUGCUUCACCGGCCAAACCAUCACUGUCUACGGCAAGAAGAACGACACGCAGACGCCCAUUGGCAGUCUGUCCUACUGCAAGGGCUUUCAAGUUGAUCCGGACGUUGGCAAGCAAGUCUGGGCUUGUCAGGGAGGAUGUGGCGUGCAGUGUAACCGCGCCGAUAAUGGAGUGUGCACCAAGCUCAACCCUGGUUCCAGCGCUGCUGCCCGCUUCACCUGUAUUGUCCAUGUUGGGCCUGGUCCGGCGGCGGUGAGAGGCGCUACAGUGGGAGACGCGUAGACACGCUAGCAUCACCGCGAGACUCGAGCUAGGAUGAUGCGGGGCUUUCGUCCCAGUCCUCAUUCUGGUGAUGGUAAUGCGGUCUCCUCGCUACCAAAAGAGAGCGUGACACGCAAAAAAAUUUCGCCGACAGCAAGCGGGUUCGAACCGCUGAGCGCAGAGCGCAUCAG